AUGGAUACUUUCACAGCUGCUUUUCUUUCCUUGGAGCCUCAAGUCGAGAUUUCAUCGGAAUUCACAGUUGUGACUUUUUUUCACUCAGGGUUGGAGGAAGAGAAACUAUGGCAGGAGUUAUACAGAAUUCCUAUUGCGAUUUUAUAUGGCUUUAACAAUAAAUUGUUUCCUGGUACUAUGCAGCUGUCUCCCCAUUCUGUGACAUUGUUGAGCGGGUUCCUUGCAGUCAUUUCAGUCAAUGUCGUAAUAGCAUUCUACAUUUACAUGGCAAUGAAAGAGCCCUCGAGUAAACACGAGCCGGAUCUUAUAUUCGUUGCGGAUGCCAAGGCUAGCAUAAAGCAGUCUGGACUGAAUGAAGCUGACUCGCCAUCAAACCAUGGGAAACAAGAAUAG